AUGGCCACGACUCAGCCAUCGCAAUUUCUAAAACAAACCCGCAUCGGAGAUUAUUCCGCUACCGAGCUCCGAAAGCCCGCCCGAAUAAUAGACAUGUUCGAUCUGAGAGCAGGAGACGGUUACAGCAAAAAAUGGGCCGAGAGCGUGCCCCCAGCGCGCAUUAUGCAGGCGUGCGGCACGACGCCGCCGGUGCGCCGACGCCGCAUGCAAAGUGAUCCAGCACACGCUCCACUAGGGCUCCGGAAUGGAGGCCCCGUCGGUGACCAUUCGUGCACGCCAACGGAGGUC